GGGUAUAUAACUAUAAACCAUUAAACCCCAUUCACUGCCUCAAAACCUCGCCGUAAACCCCACAACCCACCACCACCACCGCUUCCACAAGGAGCGGCACACGGUUGCGCAAUGGACAUCGACGGCUUCGACGACGCUCCGACCCGCGCCCCUUCUCGGGUCUCUAAGUUCGCGCCAAAAACAUCCAAACUCAUCAAACCCAAAUCGGAACCUGCCCCCAAACCUGAACCCGAACCAGAACCCGAACCAUCCUCGUCCAAACCAGAGCCUCCUAAUGUAGAAGACGACCCCAUGGAUGAAGACACCGUUGAAGAUCAAAUCGUGCGCGAAAUCGACGUCUUCUUCACUCCUUCUCUCGACGAGAACACUGAGUUGUAUGUUUUGCAGUAUCCUUUGAGACCUUCAUGGCGACCUUACGAGUUCGAAGAACGAUGCAAAGAGGUUAGGUUGAAACCUAUAUCUUCACGAGUGGAGAUUGAUUUAUCCAUUGAUUUGGAUUCGCAAAAUAUUGAUAGAGACUUUGCUGACAAAUACAGCAUUACCAAGCAGACUUUACACACUCCAUGGGAGCCAGCUACUGCAAAUGGAUGUGUUGUCGGGCUUCUUACAGGCGAUAAGUUACACCUGCAUCCUAUUAGUGCCAUUGUGCAGCUCCGACCAUCACUAAAACAUCUUAAUCCUGGUGGUUCGGAGAGGAAGAACAUUAUCUCCACCACUGUCAAAAUUGAGGGGCCAAGUGAGGAAAAGUCUGCUGCCACAUCAAAGAAGCAGAAAAAGCAAAUGGAGCCUCCAACCGAGCAAAAGAGUGAUGAAGUUGAGUGUUGGGUUCCUCUCAAGUAUCAUGACUGCAAGAGUGAUAUCAGCUCUAGAUAUUUGCAGCAAAUGGUGGCACAAGAAAGUACUCCCAUGAACUUUACAGUGAGCCCGUAUGAUUACGUUACUACACUCUGUCCUGCACUAAGCAGCAACUCAUUACCUAAGGGUCCUUCUAAAAGGUAUCUUCUAUCAUUGCCUUUGACUGUGGAGGAACGUCUUCACAAAAUGUUUAUUGAGGGUCCUCCACUUCGGCGUUUCAAUGCUAUCAAGCACUUUGCUCCUGAAUACUCUGACAAGGAACUGCUGGAAUAUCUGCAGAAACAUGCAGUCUUGCUGUGGGGACUUUGGACUCCAAAAAGUGGAUUUCUAAUUUCUAAGCCUGGUUUUGAACAAUUGGCUAGAGAUUAUGUCCUGAUAUUGUUUAGCAAGAAUUUGAAUGUUCGGUCAUCUGAUGUUAUUGUGAAUUUCCAGGGUGAACUUGGUAAUAGUGUGCGUAACUUCCUGAGGAAAUUUGGAUUGGAAAGAUGUGAUAUUAACAAAACUAUGUCACAACCAAUGACUUACUGGAAAUUAAGAGAGCUUCCUGAUGAGUCAUUUAAAAAACUCCACCCAGAUGUUGUUAAAAUACAAGAAGACAAGUUCACUGCUUUGGAUCACAAUGUAACUAAUUCGAUUUCCAAAUUUGUAAAACCUAAACGUGGUCAAAGUGCUAUGACAAACCAUAGUGUCAAAAGUGAGCUUGUUAAAUCAGCAAAUUCUGAUCCACGGGUAACAAGUCUAGGUGGUGUACCUCCUGGGAAGAUGACCAUGUCAAAUGAAACCCGACAUGCUCUGCCAAUUGCCCUCAAAAAGCUUUUUCAGACUCACCAAGUUUGCAGCUUCCAAUUCAUACGUGAAGAAUUGCGAAAAAUGGCGGUUUCCAAAACUACGCUCUCAAAGGGUGAUUCUAAAAUUGCCGUGGAUGCAGCUCAUAGUCUUGAUGGUCCAGAACAUGAGCUGAAGGCUGUCAUUAGUGAUGUUGCAUGUGAUAUCCAUGGUUAUUAUGUGUUAAAAUCAUCACAAGAUGAUCCAUUCAGAGAUGUAGUAAUCGACCUGCUUCGAGGAAGUGGACCCAAUGCCAAGCUGAAGAAGGCAGAGAUACUUGAAGCUGCUAGGUUAAAACUCAGAAGGGAGGUCCCUAACAAUGAAUUUACCAAGGUUAUGAAAGAGUUAUGUGUCUCGAAAGGUUCUGUUUGGGUCUUGAAAAGCGGUGAUGGAAGUAUGUAAUGGCCUGAUGUCCUGCUAUUGGGUUGAGCUAAAUAUCUACUGGGGUUGCUAGGAUAGAAUGGAAAAUUGGAAAUCAUACUUGCUUCUUUUAUUAGCAAUUACUAUGGGUAUGAUGUGAAUUUGUUGGUAUUUGAACAUUCUCCUAACCAACAAACCACUCGGGAGACUGGUUUUUUCAGCCUUCUAUGACAACUGAAAUUGUAAAUAACUUUCAAAAUGUUUCUAAACCCCGAUUGUAUUCAUUUCCAAUUUAAAAAAAAUCAAAGCUCAUGCCGUUGCGCAACUAUUUUGCUCUA